CAACCCAGCGGCUAGAAUAAUAUCUAUUUCUGACCUCAUGCCCCCCUACUCUACUCCAAUCUGCCGCUGGGCCCAGAGGGCACUAUCUAUGAGAAGGAGAAAGGAUUUGACGACAGUCUGAAAAUUGAGAUUGACCCUAAAAAGACCAGGUUCAUCAAGGAACUAAAAAUGUCAGAAGCCUCGUCUAUCUUCCACGUAUACUAUGAUGGCAAGCCCCGCGUUUUGAAAGUUUUCCACAUCAAUAAAGACCCAGGCUACGCUGAUGAUGGUGUACGUGAUCUGAAUCACGCUCGCUGCGAAAUCCGAGCUUACUGUCGCCUCAAACACCAUGGCGUAUGUGACCGGGGCUUCGUGCCGCAAUUUUACGGCUACACGCUAUCCCUGGACCCUGCUGUCUUUGCUCCUCAUUUGAAUGUCUUUCAGCGCGAUGCUCAUCUCCCAUAUGCAGUUCUGAUUGAAUACCUGCCUAAUCCUAUGGAGAUGAAUUGUGUCACUUACAGUCAAGAACGAAUGGCCAAGGCAGUCACCAGCAUUCAGCAGGUUCAUUCAGCUUUGAUUGAGCUUAAUGACCCUUACCCCAGGAACAUUAUGAUCGUCCCUGGGGAUUUGGAAAGGGUUAUGUGGAUAGACUUUGAUGUUGCUAUCACUUAUCCUGACAUCACCUACAUUGGGAUCAGAGAACGUAGAUGGAUCGAGAUUGAAGCUAGAUGUGUUGAGGACUUUGGGAUAUCUCUGGCAAAGGACCAGAAACAGGGCCUCAAACCGAACACAAAAUAUUACUAGGGCGGCAGUUCUGAUGCUCAUAAAUAUGUGAGAGAGAGAAGAGGAAAAGAAAAACAAGCUUCAUAACCCCAUUUUAUUCCUUUAGCAUCCCAACGUGUCACACAACCUAAGCCCCCCGCUAUACCCCAGAGGUUGCCCGUCACCUACCACCCUCAAUACCCCAAUAUACCACGCUAUACCCUAUUAAAGCUGCUAGUCGUCAUCCGCCGCCCUUAACAUCCCAAGAUACCAAAGCCCUAGAAGAAUGGUAAGACGUCCGGGUCCUGCUACUUCCCCUGGUAUCACUCAUGCUACCAACAGGUUGCCAUUGACAUCAAGUCUCUCAAUAGGGACCAGUAUCAGUGAGUACAAAAGCCAUACCGCAGGUUGUGCGGUUUCAUGUAAAAAAUUGACUUGUGACAGCACCUGAGCAUACUUCAUACAACCUAUCCAUUUUCUACUAUUUCCAGUCAGAACUCUAUUUCCAUGACAUCUUCAGAUCUCCCGAGCAGCAAUUUGCAAGGAACUGAGUGCACUGCCAGCUUGAAAAAGGGCAAUAUCAGAUCAGAAAUUAUUGAUAAUCUAGGCUACACCACCUAUGCCAAUUUUGAGAUUAGUAAGAUGUAGAGUUGUAAGCUAAGAUGCUUAUUUCUAUAGAAAUAGUUAACUAUUAAUUCUAUGAAUUAAUGACUGAAUUUUUUUUGAUAUCUAUAUCUCUAUAUAAAUAUUAAUAAAC